AUGAGCGGGCUCCGGCCGUGUCGGAGGCAGCUGGACCAGCCGUGCAUUAAUAGAUUACACAGAGGAUUUUGGGCUCGCCGGCAGCAAGGGGAGCGCUCGCGGGAGGCAGCGCGGGCAAGGCCAGGGCGGCUUGCUGAGCCGGCGGGGACGGACGCAGCCCCCGCUCCCCGCCAACACCUUUUCCAGCUGAGGUUUGUGAAGUGGAUCGAGGACGGCAUUCCAGAAGACCCCUUCCUCAACCCGGAGCUGAUGAAAAACAACCCCUGGGUGGAGAAAGGCAAAUGCACCAUCCUCUGA